AUGAGAGUGCAUAAUCGUGCAACGGGUUCGAAUAAAUAUUUGCUUAUUAUCCUAUCUACGCUUAUAAGCAUUUGUCUCACCACUAGCCCACAGAAAUGUUAUUACAACAAAGGAAACUUCACAACAAAUAGUACCUAUGAAAUAAACCGCAACAUCAUCCUCUCUUCUCUUGCUUCAAAUAUAACAGCAAAUGGAGGUUUCUACAAUGGAACCAUUGGCCAAGACCCGGACAAAGUAUAUGCUCGUGCGGUUUGCAGAGGAGAUACCUCCCUUGAGUCUUGUGCCGCCUGUAUCAGUUCAGCAACUCCCGAUAUUAUGUCACACUGUCCCAACCAGAAAGAAGCACUUUCUUGGGGAAGCCAAGAUUCUCCUUGCUUUGUACGCUAUUCAAAUAGCUCGUUUUUUGGAAUUUUGGAGCUAGAACCUGAGAGUAUAUUGUUUAAUACGGGUAAAAUCCCAACAUAUUUGACCCAGUUUAAUGAGACUUGGGAGAGUCUAAUGGACCGGACCGUAGUGAAAGCAUCUGCGGGUUCGUCUAGGCUUAAGUUUGCAACUGAAUCAGUGGAUUUGACAAGCUUUCAGAAAAUAUAUGCAUUAAUGCAGUGUACUCCGGAUAUAUCACAAAGUGAUUGUGACUUUUGUCUCCGUCAAUCCGUGGCUGAUUAUCAGAAUUGUUGUCGUCUAAACCAAGGAGGUAUCGUUCGGAGACCAACUUGCAUUUUUCGUUGGGAGAUGUAUCCCUUCUACAAUUACUCUGCAGAUGCUCCAUCCCUUUCUCCUCCAACUGCAACUGUCGUUCCACCUUCUUCUCCACCACGGACUGUGGGAAUUUUAGAUUGA